AUUUAUUUCGUGUGUUUAGAAACGAAUUUUCCGUUCAAUUAUUAAGGAAUGCGUUUAAAGUUCAAAUUUGUUGAAGCCGUUAGAAACCUUUGAAAUGUUAGAAAGAUUUUCAUAACCAUAAACUUGAUUGAAGCGAAAACAGUGAUUCCCGUAUCAAAUUCCAAAUUAAUUUGUUGAAUUUCAAUUUAUAAAUAGAAAUUUAUUAUCAUCAGUCGGUUGACACUUCAUCUUCUUUGAGAAUAUAAGUUUCAACAGGCGUGCUUCAAAUCUAUUGUCUGAAAUUUUUUAAAUACAACCUUGAAAAAGUAAGAACAUGGACAGUUUAAGUUCAAUAUCAAAGUCAACAGUAGCAAUGGGGGUAUCUGGAGCAUUACUUAUUGGUUACUGUAUUUACUUUGAUCACAAACGACGAAGUGCAAAAGAUUUCAAGAAGAAACUUCAUGAAAAGCGACAGGAACGUGAAAAUCGUAAAAAUAAAAGAGGAAAAGGAUCAAAACUUCCAGAUCUAACUGAUCACGAAGCAGUUCAACGCUAUUUCUUACAAGAAAUACAAAUGGGUGAAGCUCUCAUCGCACAAGGCGAUGUUGUUACUGGAGUUGAGCAUUUAGCAAAUGCUGUAAUAGUUUGUGGACAGCCUACACAACUGAUUCAAGUUCUCCAGCAAACACUUCCAUCUGAAGUAUUUGCUCUUCUUAUUCAUAAAAUAAAAGAUUCACAAACUGAACUAAUUCAAUCUGCACCUGGACAACGUCUUGCCGAAAGUUCCAAUGAUGACUUAGAAUUAAAGAAAAUGGUACAGCGUUUGACUUUACGCCGACGAUUGUCGUACAACACCAAAUCAAAUAAGCGAAGAAUUGUUCGCACUCCCGGAGGACGUUUGGUUUAUUUAUAUUUGAAGAAGCCACGUUCAGUUCCAGGAUGUGGACAAUGCAAAGAGAAACUAAGAGGAGUUACACCAUCUCGUCCUAGUGAACGUCCUCGUAUGUCUCGUCGUUUAAAGACAGUAUCACGCACUUUUGGAGGUGUCUUGUGUCACAUAUGUUUACGUGAGCGUAUUAUUCGUGCUUUCCUUAUCGACGAACAAAAAGUUGUCAAGGUUCUUAAAGCAGCACAAGCAUCAACAGUUAAGGCUCCUCGACCAGCUAAAGUUCAACCGAAACCUGCAGCAAAGCCAGCAGCAGCUGCUCCUCAAAAAGGUGGAAAGGGAGACAAGAAGGCAACCGACAAGAAAGUGGGAGAUAAAAAAACUGCUGACAAGAAACCAGCAGCAAAAAUGAGUACAGUUAAGAAGGCAAAGAAAUAAUUGAUUUUUUUUUAAUUAUCUUCAUGUACUCGAUGAAAUAAGAUCCAAAAGAAUAAAAUGAAAAAAAUAAAAUUCCAUAAUGAAAUGUGUAUUUGAGCUUAAACGACUUCAGUUUAGGAAUUGAACGAUUUUUUCACUUUCAGAAAAGCAGAAUCCUGUAAUGAGCAUCAAUGCAAAAUUUUUACUUAUAAUAAAGAGCAC